AUGAUCAGACCAAUCAUAUCCAGAAAUACUCCCAUAAAUCAUUUGACAUUCAAAAGAUCAUUCUUCUUGAACUUCAAAUGGUUUACUUCACAAAGAUUGAUAUAUCCACCUAAGCCACAAGAAUUCACAACGGAUAAUAGAAUCAUUGAAAACUAUGUGACUAACGAUGAAGAAUUAUCUAACAUUAUCUUAAUAAAUCAACCAAUCGUACUUAACUUUACUUAUGCUACAGAAGAAUGUAACAAAGUUACUCAAUCAUUGUUUGAUAUAUUGAGUAAUAGAGAAAAGUAUCCUCUCAAAGACAAACAAAUUUAUUUGGUUAAUAUAUUAGCAGAUGAAGCAGGAGGACGCGAACUACUUUUGAAAUACGUUGUGGGUGAUAAAAUACCAGCUUUGUUAUUAUUGAAGAAGCAAAUACCUAUCGAUAGGUAUGUACCUGAAUUGAAAACUUUCAGCGAACAAGACUUGAUUGAAUGGAUAAAGACCAUUGAUUAG